AUGAAAGCGGUCUUGCCCGAAUAUCUAUUUGGUGAACUUUGUCGAGAGGCCUUUAGUCCCAUUGUGCAACACCAUCAGCUGUUUCAGGCCCUGUCCGGGAGACAUCCGGGAUUUCACUAUAACCUUUGUACUCGUUGUAUGGACGAUUGGUAUGUGGUUCCGGGUGAAGUCUUGUUCUCUGCUGGACGCAGUUGUGAGCAGAUGAUCUUUGUUGCCCAUGGAGCUGUGAAGUACGACUCGAUCAUGGAUUUGGAAACCGAUGAGUCGUUCUCAAGGCGCUCGAAGAAGGAAACGGCGCUUGGUGCUGCCUCAAAGAAAGGUGGAGGAGUUCCUGGAGGAGUUCCUGGAGGUCCAGAACAGGAAUCCAAUGAUGCACUUUUCCCGGUAAUGCCUUCACUGGUGCGGAAAAUGUCCAUGGUGCAUCAUCAGCAGUCUGUCUUGUCGAAGACCCCAAUGCGUUUGACAGCUGGAGACUGGAUGUGUGAGCUUUGUUUGUGGACCAGUUGGACUUAUCACGGGAAGGCUGAGGCCAGUUCAGGCAGCACCUUGUUAUGUUUGAAGCCCGAGAAAUUCUUGGAAGUGGUGCAAGGCCAUAAGGACGCUGCGGCCGAAUUGGCAUACUAUGCACAGGCUGUGGUGGAGGAACUGAAUCAAACACCGCAGGAUGAGCUUUCAGAUCUCCUGCAUUUUGAACUCGAAGACUGA